AUGGAUGAGGAUAAUGAGGUUGGAUUGCCACAAAAAGGAAUCAAUCAGAUAAUAAAGGUAAGAACUUUUUUUUAAAAAUAAAUAUCAAUAUCAGUUAUUCUUCAGGAAGUGGUUCCUGAUAUGAGAAUUGCAAAUGAAUCUCGCGAUUUGAUCAAUAUAUGUUGUGUAGAAUUCGUGAAACACAUUGCAAGAGAAGCCCAAAGAAUUGCGAGUCAAGAUCAGCGGAAGACAAUUUAUCAUGAACACGUGCAAAAAGCAUUGCAGAAUCUAGGAUUUCCUCCGGAUUAUUUAGAAGCGGCAAAUAGUGUUCUAGACGCCUGUAAGGUAAGAAAUUAAUCAUAGUGAAAAACAAACAACAAAAGUGGUCGGUAAAUAUACAAUGUUUCUCUAUUGAAUCAUUUUCUUAUUUUAUUUUAUUUAUAUCAUCUUUAUUACUAUAAUCACAUGUUAUUUUCAGGUUGAAGCCGAGAAAAAGCUGAAGCGAAAGAAUUCUCGAUUGGAAAAAUGUGGGAUUCCCGAAGAGCAAUUGUACCAAAUGCAACAAGAACUUAUUCAAAAAGCGCGUCAACAAGAACUCGAACAGCAAGCUCAAAUGCAAUCGACUUCAUUUGUUGCUCCUUCUUCGACUGGUCUUUUUUCCUCUUCUGCAGAACCAUCAGGAGAUGACGAAUAUGAUGUAUAA